GGACUUGCAGAAGUCGAAAAACAAGCAGAGAAAAUCUUCAAGGCACAACCCUUCAAAAAGUUGUCGUCAGCGUAAGGAUGCCAAUAUUCAAAGUUGAAAGCAAAAUCGAUUUCAAGAAAAUCUUGCAACAGUUAGGUGUGAAGAAGGCUUUCGAUUUGGAGCAGGCGGACUUCAGUGGAAUUGCCGGAAAUAAGGGAGAGCUAGCUGUUGACGGUGUAGUACAGAAGACGUAUAUCAAGGUGAAUCGGGACGGAGUUGAAGCUGCUGCCGCCACAAGAAUAUUGUUUAACAUAUCGCUAUCUCAACCUACUAAAGUUUUCAACGUUGAUCACCCUUUCAUAUUCUACAUUGAAGUCAAUGGUGUGAUUAUAUUUGCUGGAAAAGUAAUAGAUCCCAGAAAAUGAACACUAAGGACUAUUGAUUGUCG